UUGCCAAUACAGAAAAAAACGAAUAAUAUAAUAAAAAUAUAAAGCCCGUCCCCUCAAAUUCUCGUUAGGCCCCUUCCAAAUUUAGUCGGCAAUUUUAUAUUUUCAGAAAUCCCCUCUUUAGCCCCUAAUAUCCAACUUUUCUUUUCACUUUCACCCCAUAUUCUUCCUUGUUCCAUACCAUCCUCCUCCUCCUCCCCCUCCUCCUCCUCCUCUUCUUCGAAUUAGGGUUUCACGAUCCCCAGAUAUGAAGCGAACUGCCACGAAGAAGAAUAGGCGGCCUCGUGCGACGAAAACGCCGGCGGUCAACGAUUCGUCACGUCAUGCGUUAAGUCAGUGGGAUCAGCGGCGAGAAGGAGAAGGAGAAGACGAUGAAGAACAAAAAAGGCUUCUCGGCUCGUUAAUGGAAGCCUUCGGUUCGAUCUCUCUAGAAGAAGCCACGUCAGCUUAUAACCAAGCCGACGGUGAUUUGGACAAAGCGGCCGAGAUUCUAUCCAAUUUGAUCGAUAACGGUAACAAUAGUGAAGAUCCCGAUCCGUCAACGAGCUCGAUAUCGAGUGGCUCGUCAUCGUCAGGUUCGUCCGGGUUCGGUUUUUCCGAAACGAGUUGCUUACAAAAUCUGAAUAGCGGAAGGGGACGUAGCAGAUGGGGAAAACAGCAGAAGCGAGUGGUAGCGUCAACGGGGACGGUUUCGACCGUCCUCGGGAAAGAUUACGUUAGGUCAAGCCCAUGGCGAGACCCGGCUGCAGUGGCACCGGCGAAAUCGGUGUUGGCGACCGAAGAAGCGGAACAGUUUUUAUGCUCAAUGCUUGGGGAAGAGUGUGAACUUAGCAUGGCUGUUGUUAGAGAUGUUUUAUGUCAGUGUGGGUACAAUGUUGAGAAGGCUUUGGAUGCAUUACUUGAUUUAUCUGCUUCCUCCUAUGAAAAAUCCAAGAGUUUUAAUGACAAUUUGAACAGUAGACAAGAUACAGGAUUCGUAAUUGAAUGUGCAGACAAUUUAGUCACUAAAGGAGGAGAAAUUGACAAAAAGCCUACCCCUUCCUCUCCCCCCCCCCCAAAUUUUUUCCCUCUUGGAAAGAGCACUGAAGAAUGUUUAACAGAUAGGACAUCUGACUGCAUAUCUAAGUUGUUGGAAAGCGAACUUCAAGAUAGUAUAUGGUCAGCCGGAUAUGGUCACAGGUGUUCUACCCCUCUUGAAUUUAGGAAUUACUCUAAGGUUCUUGCUAGUUCUGAAGCUAUGCAACCACCUUGCCCAAGGAGUAAUGUGUCGAAUCUCCCUCAGGAGGUCCUGGAUUCUUUAUUUAAAAUCCCCAAGAGUUCUGAGCAUGAACCAAGCACUAUGAGUUGGAGGAAUGUAGUAAAGAAGAUGCAGUUGUUGGGACCACCUAUUGAUUUUUGUCCAUCUACUGAUGCAGAACCUCAGCAGGAUAUCUAUGCUAAGGGAGAUGAAUAUCACAAAUUUAGAGAGUGUGCCAAAGAACAUUGGGAUUCCAUGAGAUCUUAUUAUCAGAAGGCUGCUACUGCAUAUUCAAAGGGAGAGUUGGAGUAUGCAGCUUAUCUUUCUGAUCAGGGAAAGAUACAGACUAAAUUGGCACGGGAAGCAGAUGAAAGGGCAAGCCAGAAUAUAUUUAAAGCCAGGAACAAAGCCUUUGAAAAUGUGAUAACAAUUGAUUUGCAUGGGCAACAUGUCAAACAAGCGAUGAAACUUUUAAAACUACACCUUCUAUUUGGAAUACAUGUUCCUUCGGUUCAAACUCUGAGGGUUAUUACUGGCUGUGGAACACAUGGUAUGGGGAAGUCAAAACUGAAACAGUCGGUCACUAAGCUUCUUGAAAAGGAAGGCAUUCAGUGGCGUGAAGAAAACCGUGGAACUGUACUAAUCAAGCUUGGCGGAUACAGAGAGUUCAGCUUUUUAGAAUCCAAUAGUGACACGGAGUAAAUUAAUUAUCUAAUACCAGGUUUGCAUCAUUUACCAUCUGUUUGUACAAGACAAGGAUGUAAUGUAACAAGGUUAAUUAGUGGUUCAAAAACAGGGAUCAGAUGUUUAUAUGUACUUUACUAGAAAUCCUUGUACCCUUUCCUCCUUAGGUAGGUGGAAGCUUCAUGAAGAUGAAGCUUUCCGUGUUCCUGUAUGUUGAGUUUAGCAAAAUCAUGUAUCUGACUCAAUUAUUGGUAAUGACAAAGACUCAUGUAUCUGACUCAA